CGGAAUAAAGAAAGUUUGGAUCAGUUAUACUGCUUAUAAAUCAUCAGUUCAUCGCAGUUUCGUAAUGAGCGCAUUCAGUACCCCGACCUCCCGGCCACGGCAGUGGUCGUCCCCGGCAAUAGGACACAAAGCCGCUCUGUCAGCCACCAGCACACCUCUGCUGGAUAACAUCCAGGGAAACGACGAUGAACAGGAGAGACGUCAAAGACGCAGAUCCAAAGUCAUCGGAGUGACCGACUCCUCUAUCAACGAGGCCGGUAGCCACAGUUCUACAGCUACACCCGCUGCUGUCCCUAAGCUGUCAUCAGCACAGAUAUCUGAACAUUAUUCGACCUGCAUCAAGCUUUCCACUGAAAAUAAAAUUACCACAAAAAAUGCAUUUGGUCUGCACCUUAUUGAUUACAUGGCAGACAUUCUCAAGCAGAAGGACUCAGAGCUCAACUUCAAGGUGGCAGCGGGCACCCUGGACGCCAGCACAAAAAUCUAUGCAGUGAGGGUGGAUGCGGUCCACGCUGAUGCUUACAGAGUUCUGGGAGGCUUGGGCUCUGAGACCAGACCAAAAGAGAGUCAAGAUGGUAUCGAGGAGGCAGUAGCCGAGGGCGGUCAGGGAGAUCAGGUGGCUGCUAAACAGACUAAGAAAAGACCUCAGAAGAAGACAGUGGAGCAGAACCUCAAUAACAUCAAUCUCUCUGAAUCUGAGAUGAAGUGUGAGGUGGACCCCAUGUUCCAGCGCAUGGCUGCUUCCUUUGAUGAGAACAGUACAGCUGGAGUGUUCCUCUCUGUGCUCUUCAGUGAGGACAGUCGCUGUGAGCUGCGCUUUCCUUCACAUAUGACCUUGCUGAAGACACAGCCACCUCCUGUGCAGAUGCCCCAUCAGAACGUUCCUGCCUCACCAUUUACAGGUCAUCUGAAGACACUAGAGGACAGGCCAAUUUGUCCAUCCUUAGAGGAUUUCUCUUUUACUAGAUGGACUCCUGAGCAGACCUCAAACCUCAACCAGCUGCUUGAGAAGAUGAAGCAGGGAGAGCAUGCAUUCGACGUCAAUGCAGACAUCGAGCCAGAUGAUGAUGACAGUCCAGAUUUUGGGGAUAAUUUUGAUGCAGAUGUGGAUGAGGGCAGGCCAGGAGACUGUGAGGAGUUUAAGGAACACAGAGAAGCUUGUUCAAAGAGCCCCCAGAAAGGACGAGGUGUUAUUCCUAUUGGCGAGGUGGAUAUUACCACCAUGUGUCUGCAGUUGUCUGAUCAGCCCAGAGAGUACUCAUACUUCAGUCCCAGGACCAUGGCCACUUGGGUCGGACCCGGCUACUGGCUUUUCAAACCUGGACAUAAGCAGGAUCACAAACCAGACAAAGAACCUCGGAAACGAGCACCUAAAAAUCCUCUCGUUAUUGACUUUAAAGGAGAUAUCAACUUUCACAAUUACUUUCGAACAACUAGAGCAGCAACCACUAUCAGUAAAUCGGCUUUGAACAGCAGCAAUAAGAAAACCACACUUCCAGCAGACUUCCAGUAUCCACCCAGUAAUCUGUCACAGCUCAGCCUCAAACCCACCAACACAUUCAGUGCAGAAGGAAAGAAGAGAUUAUCGGGAGAGCUGGGUGGGGACAUAGGAGAGUAUGAUUACAACAACGCCAAUGACACAGCCAACUUCUGUCCUGGUCUUCAGGAAGGGGACAGUGAGGAUGCUGAAGGCUUUGGAGGAUCUGAUGACUCCCAAACAGAUAGACCGACCCCUUUCUCUCUAGACACAGAUGACAUCUCUACAUACGGAGAGGACUGUCUUGUCCCUGAGCCUCACAAGGUAAACACCAUUGAGAUAAACUAUGCCAAAAUGGCCAAGAAGAUGGACAUGAAGAAGCUGAAGACCACUAUGUGGGGUCUCCUAACAGAAAGUCCUGAAAAACCAGACAAGCAGGUGGAGUGUGAGGAGACAACAGAAGUACCUGGAGAAAAAUCCUUCAGCCAGUCUGUCAGGAAUCUUGUACAAAGGCUUCCCUCUUCCAUGGCUACCAAUCUCUCAGUACCGUUGGCUUUUGUGGCCCUUCUGCACUUGGCUAAUGAGAAAAACUUGGAGCUGCACAAGAUUGACUGCAUGACCGAUAUCAUCAUUAAACAAGGCCACUGAGAACUGAUACAAACAUUUUAUACAAACUCUUCUUUUUUUCUUUUUUUUACCAAAAUGUAAAUCCAGUUUGUAAAAUACCCAUGUGGGGCCAAAACAAUAUAGUCGAGAGAAAGAUGUCAGGAUCAUGUUAAAAACGUUGAACAGGAAACUACCACAGAAUUAUUUGAGUGAAAAAAUGUCAAAAGCAUGAACUAGGGAAAAAAAACCAGCAGUGUGCAGUGCAUGUAUAAUAUGAUUGCUUUUAAGAUCUGUUUAGCAGCUUCAGUAAAAGUAAAUGUGAAGUUGCUGCUGUCAAUGUAACUUUUUUAAAGAUGUUUUAUUUAAACUGUGAAAUUCAUUUUAUAACUAUGAGGUUUCUUUUAGAUGUAUAUUCUACAUCUGAUUUUGAAAAAUAAAAGUUAUUAAAGUAU